AGCUGUCAAAACAUAGAAGCAGAAGGCCUUCAGUUUACGAUUAUCGAAAUUUGAGUUCAUCAUAUCAAAAUUGUUAAACAUUUUAAUUUAAUGGAGCUUGUGAAAGGACCAUCGCCUCCAAUUACGAUGGUGAAGGAAACUACCGAAACAACUAGCGCUAUGGUACGUGAGUCAACGAUUUCACCAAAUGGCAUUGGUACCGUAUUAUCGGAUUCACAAUGUGGAUUACGGGAUCUAACAGACAUGCCUUUGGAGAAGUCGAAAAGAAAUGACAGUGAAGUUUGCGGGCAAGAACGGCUACAUAAGUGCGAAGAAUGUGACCAAACAUUCUUUCUGAAGCAUAACCUGAAAAAACAUAUGGUUACCCACACUGGCGAGCGGCCGUACAAAUGCGAUGUAUGUGGCAAAACAUAUACCCAAAAGUGUAAUUUAAACAGGCACAAAAGGUAUCACUGCACCCCGAAACAUCGUAUGAGCCACAUUGCCGAGCGGCCGCACAAAUGCGAUAUAUGUGGCAAAUCAUUUAACCAGAAGUGUAAUAUGAACAGGCACAGACUCAUUCACACCAAGGAACUACAGUAUAAGUGCGAGCUAUGUGGCAAAGAAUUUCUCCAGAAGCCUCAUCUGCAGCAACAUGCGCUAAGCCACACUGACGAGUGGCCGCACAAAUGUGAUAUAUGUGGCAAAUCAUUUUCCCAAAUGAGCAAUUUGAUCAGGCACAGACGCAUUCACAGUAACGAAAGGCCGCAUAAGUGCGAGAUAUGUGACAAAACAUUCCCUCUGCCAUAUAACCUAAAGACACAUUUGUUAACGCACAUUAACGAUGGACCAUACGUAUGUGAUAUAUGUGGCAAAUCAUUUAACAAUAAGAGUACGUUGACACGGCAUAAACAUAUACACAGUAGUGAACGGCCGCAUAAGUGCGAGAUAUGUGGCAAAGGAUUUGCAGAAAAACUUACCAUGCGACAGCACAUCAUCACUCACACUAGCGAGCGCCGGUACAAAUGUGAAACAUGUGACAAAAUUUUCGCCCGACUCAGUUGCUUAGCAUUGCACAAUCUUAUCCACAGCGAUGAUCGUCAGUAUAAUUGCGAGAUAUGUGACAAAAAAUUCAUUCAAAAGCAUCACGUGCAGUCACAUAUGUUAACCCACACUGGCGAGCGACCGCACAAAUGUGAAAUAUGUGGCAAAUCAUUUAGUAGCAAGAGUAACAUGAUGAAGCACGGACUCGUCCACAGUAAUGAACGACCGCAUAAGUGCGAGAUAUGUGACAAGAAAUUCAGUCUGCUGCAUAAUUUAAAGAUACAUGUGUUAAUCCAUAAUGGAGAGCGGCCGUACAAAUGUGAUAAGUGUGGCAAAUCAUUUACCCAGAUGGGUAACUUGAGCAGGCACAGACUGGUUCACCGUAAUAAGCAUAAGAAGCUGUCGCAUUAGUUCGGGUUAAGUGGCAAACAAAUUCUUCAGAAGUAUUGCCUAUAGUGAAACUAAAAAUAAAUUUAUCGCUAAUUCAGUGAAAAGCAGUGCUGUAAAUGGCAAAAUUGGCGGUAAAGGGGAUCAACCGAGUGAAUGCACUGAUCUCGGAAUUAGAAUACUUGCGUUAUUACGACAUGAACGAAUCGAUCACCAAAGAAUGUAAUGCUAGCUGCUUUGGACUAGAGGCGGCCGUGUACCAGAAUGACGCAGUGAUGGCUCAUUCGUCUUGAGCUAUUUCUGCUAAAGAAGAAAGAAACUACACAGAAAGCUGCUGGCACUUUUGUCUACAGGUUGAAUUGCGCCAUUUUUUGAAUAUUUCAGAUUGUCACUUUAGUGAGCUAAUGGAGGAAAAGCAAGAUAUCAGAUUAUAUCCUGACAAUGUGAAGGUGUAUUUGAACUAAUAUGCCUAAGACCACAUAUUGUUCACCGUGAAUGCCAUGCUUGAGUUCAGAGAUUAAGGACAUGGCGAGGAGUUGUAACGUUUGCGCAGAAUUUUGCAACCAAAUCAUCCAAUGAAAAAUCAUAGCAUCCCAAGUUAUUCAUUUCAGUGGAUUUUGAUGGAUGUUUUCUUUGCCAAUUGUGAUUUAGAAAAAAAACCCUCUUGAAUCAUCAUCGGUUGUUGGUUAUGUUAUUUCGGCAGGUCAGCCAAAUUUCGCACAGCGAAUACUGACGGACAAUGCAGAAAUUAGAACUGAUGUUUGGUACGCUCUUUACGUUGGAGGAUCACUACAAAUAAAUAGGGUUUCAGUCCUUCUACCCAUUUAUUUUCCCAAUUGUAUUCGAUGUGGUGUUACAAGCUCAUGUUCUAAAUGUUCCUGAAAGUAUCGAAUAAAGCUGGAGAAAAAUAAAAUACUUUAACGAUAAAAAAUUCAGAACCUCACCUCUCCUUAAGCCCGGAUUGCCAGUGUUUGGACAAAUAAGUCCGAAAAACCUGUGUAAACAUUUAAAUGAUAAUACGUUGAAAAUCACCAUCGCAUACAAUUUCACAUGUGUGAUUCACUCCUAUAUCAAAGUUCGCACGCAAGGCCCGUAUAGUGAUUGCUGGCGGAUCGUAGCACCGGCCAAUGGCAAGUUGCUACUUGCUGUUGUCAUUUCAAAGUGACAGUUUUAUAACUUACACAAGUUGAAAACUUAACUUGGAUGUCAGUGCUCAGUGGAUUAAUCUGGCGAAUAUCAAAGCUCCACCUUAGCCCCACCUGUAUAUACAACAUUGCGUACCAUCUACCAAUUCGGAAAGAAUAAGUUGAGCGUUUUUUCAAAAAGACCUAUCUACAAUGAGUGACUCUCUUUGUUUACUUUCUAUUCAGUUAAUAAUUCUGCCGCUUUAACAUUUAUCUCUCAACUCUGCAAACCACUGCACAGUGGAAGAAAUCCAACAAAAAAGGCAAUUAAUUGGAAGCCGCUGAAAAAGUAUGACAAUAUAUACACCAAAAGUUGCGGAUUUUUUUUAGGAAAUACAAUGUAAUCAAAUUUAUUGACCGCACGCACUUGCGACCGGAGAUAUGGAAGUUUGAAAAUCCGGAACAUUACCGGUAUUCAUCAAAUCUGAGGCUUUAUUCAGAAGCCUCUGAAAAAGUUCAAAGAAUUAUACCCUCAAACUUGCGGAAAGCUCUAGCGAUCAAGAUGCAAUCAAAUUUGUUAACCGCACGCACUUGUGACCGGAGAUAUGGGGCUUUGAAAAUCCGGAACAUUACCGGUAUUCAUCAAAUGUUAGGCCUAAUUAAGAAGCCGCUAAAAUUUCAAAGAAUUACAAAUUGAAUAAAUUUGAUUGCAUCUUUAUCGCUUGAGCUUUCCGCAACUUUAAGGGGUAACUUUUUGUGCUUUUUCAGCGGCUUCUGAAUUAGGCCUCUGAUUUGUUAAAAACCGGCAAUGUUCCGGAUCUUUAAAGCCCCAUAUCUCCGGUCACAAGUGCGAGUAGUGAACAAAUUUGAUUGCAUCUUGAUGGCUAGAGUUUUCCGUAAUUUUGAGAGUAUAAUUCUCUAAAGUUUUUCAGCGGUUUCUGAAUUAGGCCUCAGAUUAGUGAACACAGGUAAUGUUCCGGAUCUUCAAAGCCGCAUAUCUCCGGUCACAAGUGCGAGUAGUGAACAAAUUUGAUUGCAUUUUGAUCGCUAGAGUUUUCCGCAGUUUUAAAGAUAUAAUUCUUUGUACUUUUACUGCGGCUUUUUAUUUAGACCUCAGAUUUGAUGAAUACCGGUAAUGUUCCGGAUCUUUAAAGCCCCAUAUCUCCGGUCACAGUUGCGUGCGGUAAACAAAUUUGAUUGCAUUUUAUUACCUAAAAUAUUACGCAACUUUUGGUGUGUAAUGUGAUACUUUUUCAGCGGCUUCCAAUUAAUUGCCUUUUUGGUUGGAUUUCUUCCAGUGUGCACCGUCUUUCGAUCUGUACUGUAAAAUAAGUGCAAAGUGCUAUAGUGAGGCCGUAAUAAUCGAAAGAGAAAGUAAACAAAGGGAGUAACUUAUUGUAGAUAUAUCGUUUUGAAUAAAAGCUCUAGAAUUGACCUUGGUAAAACUAGAUGAAAACUCUUCGCAAACCACAACCAAUUAUAAAGAAUUUUUAUGAUGCAGAGAAUU